GGUAAAUAGCCCCUUGGACAUUUCAGAUUCUACCAGGAGCCAGAGUUACAGCCAAUACUAAAAUCCAGUCCCAGGGGCGCCUGGGUGGCUCAUUUGGUUGAGUGUCAGACUCUUGAUUUCACCUCAGGUCAUGAUCUCGUGGUUCGUGGGUUCGAGCCCCAAAUAUAAAUAAAACCCAGUCCCAGUCCUGGAGGAGCUCACAGACCAGUGGUGGAGAUACAUGGCUAAUUCCAACCAGUGGGAGAAAUCCUGGGCAGCCCCUACUAAGGGGAAGCCCAGCUAAGUUUCCCACAAAAGCACUACCAAGCGUUUCAGAUGUUUGGGGUGGAAGGGUGCUUUUUUUUCUUUUUUAGAGAGAAAGUGCAAGUGAGCAAGGAUCAGAGAGAGAGAAUCCCACAACGGACCGAGAGAGAGGGAGAGGGAGAGAGACAGAAAGAGAGAGAGAGAGAGAGAGAGAGAGAGAGAGGCGGGGCUCACCCGCUCGUGCUUGCCUGAUAUGGUACUCGAACUCAGAAACUCUGAGAUCAUGCCCUUAGCCGGAGCUGAAGUCAGAUGCUCAAUGACCGAGCCACCUAGGCACCCGGGCUUUUUGAAAUUUCGGAUUCCAAUUCCCUCUGGAAAAUUGAGAACUGGAGAUAGAAGGUACUCCCCCUGGGUCACUGCAGCAGAAUGAGGAAGGCUGGAACCUGGGUGUCCUGACCUGGACUUCUUUGAAGUGGCCCCAGAAGGCUUUGUGUGUGUACAUGUGUGUGUGUGUGUGUGUGUGUGUGUGUACAUGUGUGUGUGUGUGUGUGUGUGUGUGCAUGUGCACACGAGUAGGGUAGCUGGGGAGGGAAUCUCUAAGAAGGGCCCUAAAAGCAGUUGUUUUGAUUCCAUGGAUAGGGGAGGUAGGCAAUAUGGAUCAAAACGAUUCCUGGCCAGGCUGGACACCUGUGGAGCCUGUUCACUGAAUACAAAACUUCUGAGGUCCUUUGCCUUCUAAAUCCUUUGAACAAGAGAGGCUGGCUAACAUAGUGCAUUAGAUCUUUGGCAGCAGCUUGACUUGGGUGGCCUUGGACAAGAGGCUUAAUCCCUUGGAUCCCAAUUUCCUCCUCAAUGAAAUGCGGACAAUAACAAGAUCAGUUCCUCAGGAUUGAUGUUCAAGCACUUAGGGCACAGUAGCUGCUAGGUAGGGGAUUGCCAUGUUUCAUACAUAAUAGAUUGUCAAUAAUCAUUUAUCGAUUACUGAGGCAAAACACUUUGCCUGUAUCUCAUUGAAAUAUCACCAUCUCUUAUUUUAAGUUUAUUUAUUUUGAGAGAGAAAGAGAGAGAGAGAAAUAGAGUGAGAGAGAAAGAGAGAGAGAGAGAGAGAGGUGGAGGGACAGAGAGAGGAGAAUCCUAAGUAGGGUCCGCACUGUGAGAUCAUGACCUGAGCCAAAAUCAAGAUUCCGACGCUUAACCCACUGAGCCACCCAGGCGCCCCCAAAUAUCACUAUUUCUCUUCCUGACAGGCACUGUUAUGAUCUAUAAGGCACCUAACACUAAUGGCACGUAGUAGGUGCUCACCAAAAGCUAUAUUACUGAGCGCUCUUUUAUCGUGUAAAAGAAAAAAAGAGCACGGAAAGGGCUCUUUGCAAGUUUUAAGGUGCCGCACAAGUUUUUGCUACAAUUGUUACGUCACCCUUUGUGGCAUAAACCUUUAUUAUUCUUUCGGGCACGAUUAUGGUCUCCUAGUUACCGUGGCCAUGGAAACGUGGCCCGCCGUCCUGGAUUGGACGGUUCGCGGGCUCCCCCUAGAGGCUACCUUGCGGUUCUGCUGCCGGACGGCGGCGCGGGCCUUUCAGAGGGGAGCCGGGAGUUGUAGUCUACGGACAGUGGCUGCCACGGAAUGAUGCACGCCGGGAAUUGUGGUUCUAGGGAGGGGCGGUUGGCCCAGACCCGGCUCCGGCCUCACCCGUAUGGCGGCUGCGACACGCGGCUGCCGGCCCUGGGGCUCGCUCCUCGGGUUGCUGGGGUUGGUCUCGGCCGCGGCCGCCGCCUGGGACCUGACUUCGCUGCAUUGCCACUUCGGCACCUUCUGCGAAUGUGACUUCCAGCCUGACUUCCAAGGUCUGGAGUGUGACCUGGCCCAGCACCUUGCCGGCCAGCACUUGGCCAAGGCGCUGGUGGUGAAGGCACUGAAGGCCUUCGUGCAGGACCCAGCUCCCACCAAGCCACUGGUCCUCUCCCUGCAUGGCUGGACAGGCACUGGCAAGUCCUAUGUCAGCUCCCUGCUGGCGCGCUACCUUUUCCGGGGUGGUCUCCGCAGCCCUCAUGUACACCACUUUUCCCCCGUCAUCCACUUCCCCCACCCCGGCCACGUGGAGCGCUACAAGAAGGAUCUUAAGAGCUGGGUCCAGGGGAACCUCACUGCCUGCAGCCGCUCCCUCUUCCUCUUUGACGAGAUGGACAAGCUGGCCCCAGGCCUGAUGGAGGUCCUGCGACCUUUCCUGGGCUCCUCCUGGGUUGUGUUCGGGACCAACUAUCGAAAAGCCAUCUUCAUCUUCAUCAGCAACACUGGUGGUGAGCAGAUCAACCAGGUGGCACUGGAGGCGUGGCGCGGCCGCCGGGACCGUGAGGAGAUCCGCCUACAGGAACUGGAACUGGUCAUCUCCCAGGCUGUGCUGGACAACCCGCACCAUGGCUUCUGGCGCUCAGGCAUCAUGGAAGAGCAUCUCCUAGACGUCCUGGUGCCUUUCCUCCCACUGCAGCGGCACCAUGUGCGGCACUGCGUGCUCAACGAGCUGGCCCAGCUGGGCCUGGAGCCAAGGGAUGAGGUCGUCCAGGCUGUGCUGGACAGCACCACCUUCUUCCCUGAGGACGAGCAGCUCUUUUCCUCCAAUGGCUGCAAAACUGUGGCUUCCAGGAUUGCCUUCUUCCUCUGACUCUCUAGAUGGCACCCUUGCCCUCCUGGCCAGGCUGUGCAGGAGAGCCCUGGGGCCUCUUCAGUAGGGACUCUUUUCCUGAGCCUCCUGGAGAGUGAGACCCAGAGUCCAAAGUGAAGAUGAGGAGGCAUGUUGGCCAGGCCAUGGGCCAGGGGGCCAGGGCAGGCCCUGGCCUCUUAACUGCUCUCAGGGCAUCUUGGCCUUUGCUUCCUUCCCUAGGGAAACCACUGGUGACCCCAGAACUUCAGUGAGCCUUGACCUUGCCCUCCAGCUUGAGCCUUCUUAAAAUGUGAAUUGUAACUCAGGGACUGUGGCUCAUGGCUGCUCCCUCCCUCUUCAGUCUUACUCUUGGCCCCUUGGUCUGGCACCAUAUUCUCAAUCCUCCAUUCCAUACCCUAUGUCCCAGUAUCGUAAAGCCAAGCUGAGACUUCUCAGUCUCCAUGAACAGAUGGACACAAGCUGCCACUUGGGCCUAGUUUUUAAAGUUUUUAAUUUUAUAAGAGAACAAAUACAAUAAACUUAGCCAUGGGACCAGA